AUGGCCAAGGCCGCUGGAAAGGAGUCAAGAGUUCAAAGCGCUCCAGAGAAGAGGAAGCUAGAAACAUCCAAAGUUUUGUCAUUCUCUCAUCUUCAUGUACCAAAGCCACCCAAAAACCCUCAGAAGCCUGUGGUCAUGACUCGAGUCCCAGUGCGGAAGACAAGGUCUGCCGAUGAAGUUAGAAAUGCAGUGCUAGGGGCUGGUCCAGGAUCUUUUGACAGUGACUCUCAGCCUCUGGACUACACAGGACCCGGAGGCCCUCGUUUUGAUUGCCAAGGGAUGGUUCUGCCACACAGCAUCCUAGGCAGUCUGGAGGACUUCAGAAGUUACCUAGAGGCCAGGGGAGAGACAGAGCUGGUGAUGCGGAUACCAGAGUCCCACAGAGGACAUCUGUCUGAGGCAUCAGGGGGAGAGCAUACUGAAGCUGGGGAGAAAUGCCUCAGGGCCCCUUGUGGCCACAGAGACAUUCAGAGCAAUGCCCUGCAGAACUGGCGUUUACAUAUAAGGCAGCGCCGACACCAGCAGGACUUCUUAUCUAGUGUGCUCCAAAGGCCAGUGGAGAACUUACUGAUGAACCAAGUCAACCAUUUCAGAGAAACUCAGGAGCAGAAAGACCUUUUGAAUCAAGUCCUGCCAGUCAUACACUCUGGAUAUGGUUACCGUGUGGGCAGUGAAUUCUGGAGUGUGCCCCAGCGCUUUGGAGAUGAGCUGAGUGGCAUCACAAGCACCCUGACUCAGACACAGCAAGGCAAGCAAGAGCCUGUUGUACAUGUAGGACAACCACGCAGCAUAUGCCAGGAGUCAGGUAUGAGACCUGCACACGCACAUACAAAUACCUGGGACCGGAGUCUGUACCUGCAAAAACAACUCCAGGAGCUCAGAGAGGUUCUAAAGGACAUUAACUUCCAAAAGCCGGACAUUGAUGGAUUGGAGGUGAUUGGUUCUGGCAAGCCAUUCACUUCUGUCACAGUGUGUCGCAGUCCUUUACUGGUGGAGGAAGAAGAGAAGGAGCAGAACAGGAUGCAGCAGGAGAGCCUUGAUCCAUUGGCUCAGUGUGACCACGCUGUGUUGGAUGCACUGCUGAUUCCUGCCUUGAGGUUCUGUGGUCAGGCAGCUCACUGGACUGGUAGCUCCACCUCUUAUCAGGGAGAGGUGGGAAUCAGUGCUAGGAUAAACUUUGAGGCUCUGGUUGGUCAAAGAGCCUCGUCCCACCUGGAUCUGCACAACGAGGGUAGCACUGCCAUUUACUACACCUGGCAGCAGCUGCCUCUGCCACACAGCUUUCCUGACCUACGGUCACAAACAACCUCUCCACACUUCUACUUCAACUCCUCAGCUGGUGUGAUCCUUCCUGGUGAUACCAAACAGGUGGAGUUUAUAUUCAAGUCAGAGGUGCCAGGCAUCAAGAGUGAGAUAUGGCAGCUUAACACCCACCCUGUGCUGCUGAGAGGAGCCUCUAUGCAGGUUAUCUUGAGGGGAGUGGCACUGUACCAUGACAAGACUGCAGACCAGCAACUGGACAUAGAGAGGGAGCUGGAGAAGAAGGUGGUGCUAAAAAUGUGUCGGUCAAUAGUGCACGAUGUGCUGCGAGGGGUCCAGACCCCAGAGAGACCCAGCUCUCCUGCAGAGCUCUACAUCACUGAAGAACACAAGUUCAUCAGCAAAAAUCCCAAGCUGCAAUAUCUUCAUGAACCAGUGGAGGCACUAAAGAGACUGUGGCAGGAAGUCAAUCCAGGACACAGCUGGGACCUCUCGGGGGAUACACUCAGACAGGUGGUUUUGUCCCUGCCAGAGCAUGAGUCAGCAGAGGGCACCCUCACCAGAGAGCAGGGUCUGUCCAAGCUCAACUCCCUGAUUCUGGAGCUCUCUCAGCCUCUGCUCACACAUAUCCCUUUGAUGAUAGCAACUAUAGGGUGAGGCAUGAAUCCACACAAUCACACACACGACUGAUUACUAAGUCAGUUGUGGGGGAGGCUGCUGGAUAAACUGGCUGGUGAGGCUAUGAGGCUCAGACACCAGCUGGGCCUACCAGAGACAGACACAUGGACCCAAGAAAUUCAAGAACCCCCAAUCAAUGACCCCAUUUUGGCGGAUUGUACAAAGAAAGAUGAGAAGAGUGAGACAAAGGGAGAAGCAACUGCAAAGGCGAAGAGUAGAGGGAGUGUAAGAGAAAAGGAUGACAAAACACCAGAAUCUAAGUCAUCAGCAAGGGCGAAAUCAGUGGAGGACCGCAAGAAGUUGGGUAGAAAAGGGGAAGAACCUGUGAAGCAUCCAGGGGGAAAGGAAGGGAAAGAGCUGGCUAAAGAGUCCUCACUGAUUGAUGACGGACCUGAGACCCCAGACCCCAAUGUCCAGGAGGAGGUGAUGAACAAAUACAGGAGCUGCCUGCACCAAACGGUUUAUGUUCUGAUGGAAGACCUGGUGGACAACCUGUGUGACCUGGCAGAUGAGAUCAAAGAGGGACAGGAACCUGAUCUGUGA